UCCUAACAAUAACAAACUUUAAUCCCUUAAAUGAACCUCUCUUCUUCCCAUCCUUUUCUCACCCAUUUCCUAUUCUCCACCUCCAUAACCAAACCAUGAAAAAACCUCCUUCUUCUCCUUCUUCCAUCUUCCUGGUUUCAUCUUUUUUUCUAGUGUUCAUACUAACAAGAUUCUCACUAGUCUUCUCCAUUGAUGCUGCCGCCACUGCAAAUCUCCCUCUCCAGCUGAUUUCACUUUUGUCUUUGAAAUCUUCCCUAAAAGAUCCUUUCAACACCUUCCAUGACUGGGAUCCCACUCCGACGCUUUCCAGCCCCGGAUUCCGCCCGCUCUGGUGCCGGUGGUCCGGCAUAAAGUGCGCCGACGACAAUAAGUCCGGUAGGGUCACCGGACUUGAUUUGUCCGGCAGAAAUCUCUCUGGCAACAUUCCGGAGGACAUAAGAUACUUGCUCCACCUUCACCACUUGAAUUUGAGUGGGAAUCUCUUCGACGGCCCUUUGCCGCCGGUGAUAUUCGAAUUCUCGUUCCUCAGGACGCUUGAUUUUAGUAACAACUCCUUCAAUUCCACUUUCCCGCCCCGCAUUUCUCGGCUGAAAUCUCUCGCCCUCCUCAACGGCUUUAGUAACAACUUCGUCGGCGCUUUGCCGCGAGAAAUCGCUCGGCUCCGGAACCUGGAAUACCUUAACCUCGGCGGGAGCUACUUCUCCGGCGAAAUUCCGGCCAGUUAUGGAAGUUUCCAGAAGCUGAAGUUUCUGUACUUAGCUGGGAAUUUACUCACCGGCGCAAUCCCGCCGGAGUUAGGGUUUUUGAAUAGCCUUGAAAAUUUACAGCUUGGCUACAAUGCUUACACCGGAGAGCUUCCGAUUCAAUUGUUCUCUCUUUCAAAUCUAACUUUCCUCGAUAUCUCCCAAUCGAAUCUCUCCGGCGUUAUUCCACCGGAAAUCUCCAACUUAACGAAGCUGGAAAUAUUGUAUCUGUUCAAGAAUCAUUUAACAGGUGAAAUUCCAGGCGAUCUUUCAAGCUUAACAUUGCUGAAAGAGCUUGAUCUAUCCAAUAACCAUCUCUCCGGCGCUAUCCCGGCUUCACUCUCGUCCCUGGAUAAGCUAUCCGUGUUAUCCCUGAUGAACAACAACUUGACAGGCGAAAUCCCACCCGGCAUUGGUUUUCUCCCCAAUCUCCAAAGGCUAUCCCUGUGGAAUAACUCACUAUCCGGGAUUCUACCGCAAAACCUAGGCUCAAAUUCCAGGCUAGAAAAGCUGGAUGUCUCUUCCAAUUAUCUCUCCGGUCCAAUUCCUGCUAAUCUCUGCCUCGGCGACAGGCUAAACAAGCUCAUACUGUUCUCAAAUCAGUUCUCCGGUGAGCUCCCGGCGUCUCUAGCGAAUUGCACCGCCUUAAACAGGUUAAGAGUUCAGAAUAACAAGCUGAAUGGCUUCAUUCCACUAGGGUUCGGUUUCUUGCCUAAUUUCACCUUCAUGGACGUCAGCGAUAACGUCUUCUCCGGCGCGAUUCCGAAGGAUUUAGGCAAUGCAGUGAAGCUGGAAUUCCUGAACGUAUCGGAGAACUCGUUUAACGCCGAUUUGCCGGACAAUAUUUGGAGCGCGCCGAAUUUGAAGAUAUUUUCAGGUAGUUACAGUGCGCUGAAGGGGAAAAUUCCGGAUUUUAGAGGCUGUCAAAGUUUAUACAAGAUUGAGCUUGAAGGAAACAAUUUGACUGGGGAUAUUCCGUGGGAUAUUCAGCACUGUGAAAAGCUUAUAUCCUUGAAUCUCCGCCGGAAUUCUCUCACCGGAAUCAUUCCCUGGGAGAUUUCCACGCUCCCGUCGAUCACCGACGUUGACUUGUCGCAUAAUCUCCUCACCGGCACGAUUCCUUCGAAUUUCGGCAGUUGCAGAACCCUAGAAAGCUUCAACGUCUCGUACAAUCAGCUCACCGGUCCGUUACCUUCAUCCGGCCCGAUAUUCUCCACUCUCCACCCUUCAUCCUUCGCCGGAAACAAUGGCCUUUGCGGCAAUUCAAUUCAGAGACCUUGCCGCCCCGAGAUCGCCUCCAGUAUGGAAAUUAAGCUUCAUCCGAAGAAGACGGCCGGGGCGAUCGUUUGGAUCAUCGCCGCGGCAUUCGGAAUUUGCCUGUUUGUACUCAUCGCCGCUUGCCGGUAUUUGCACGCGAAUUACCGGCGUAGAUUCCCCGGCGACCGGGAUGCCGGUCCGUGGAAGUUAACGGCGUUCCAACGGCUAAAUUUCACGGCGGAAGACGUGCUGGAGUGUUUGUCGAUAAGCAAUAAGGUGAUCGGAAUGGGGUCCACGGGGACAGUAUACAAAGUCGAAAUGCCAGGUGGCGAGAUCAUAGCCGUUAAGAAGCUAUGGGGAAUCCACAAAGAUACAGUUCGGAAGAAACGAGGUGUGUUAGCCGAAGUCGAAGUUUUAGGCAAAAUAAGGCAUAGGAAUAUCGUGAGAUUACUAGGAUGUUGUACCAAUAACCAGGGCACAAUGCUACUCUACGAGUACAUGCCAAAUGGGAGCCUUGACGAUCUAUUGCAUGGCACGAAUAAGGGCAUCAAUGUAGUAGCAGAUUGGGUCACGAGGUACAAGAUUUUACUUGGAGUAGCUCAAGGAAUAUGUUAUCUCCAUCAUGAUUGUGAUCCGGUGAUAAUACAUCGCGAUCUAAAACCUAGUAACAUCCUUCUCGACAGUAAAAUCGAAGCCAGAGUUGCUGAUUUCGGAGUCGCUAAAUUAGUCCAAAACGACGAAUCUAUGUCCAUAAUUGCCGGAUCUUACGGCUACAUUGCACCAGAGUAUGCGUAUUCAUUACAAGUUGAUGUGAAGAGCGAUAUUUAUAGCUACGGAGUUGUGUUGAUGGAGGUUUUGACGGGGAAGAGAUCGAUGGACUCGGAGUUUGGAGAAGGCAAUAGCAUUGUGGACUGGGUGAGGUCUAAAUUGAAGGUUAGAGAGGGCGUGACAGACGUGUUGGAUAAAAACGCAGGUGCAUCUUGCCCUCUGGUACGGGAGGAGAUGAUGUUGUUGCUUAGGAUCGCGUUGCUAUGCACUAGCCGGAAUCCGGCCGACCGGCCCUCAAUGCGGGAUGUUGUGUCGAUGUUGCAAGAGGCCAAACCUAAGAGGAAAUUGGCCGCCGGGAGCGGCGAAAGUGGCGGCGGCAAUGGUGGUGUUAUUGCUAAUUUGAUCCAAAAGACAACUGUUGAGUGUUAAUAUGGUUUGGAUUUGGAUUUUUUUUUCUUUUAAUUUUUGUUUGUUUUUUCUAACCUUAUUAUGGGGGAUUGGUAUAGCAGAAGGUAUUUUCUAUUUUUGAUUUUCUUAAGAUAUUAGUAGAGCUCUUAAGUGUGUCUUGUCCCGAAUAUCAUGCAUGUACGUAUAGGAUUCCAUUUGCAAUAUUUGGAAGUUUAAGUUUUAGCUUUGCAUUUAAUUUGCUAUCAUUACCACUUUUAAUUUAUUGGAAAACUCGUACUUUCUGGUCCA